UUGAGCUACCAGCUGACCUACUUUCCUCCGCUCUCAGCCACUCAGUCCUGUUUACAAGCCGCUGCCAGCGGAGGAUGUGGAGCACAGUGCCUGGAACAUAGACGGACACAGCCCACCGGGACCAGGACUGGGGGAUCUGGUCGUGUGUGGUUGAUUCACUGGGAACUGUCAGAUCCGCAGACCAAGAUCACCGGUGAUUCCAAACAGCACGUUGAUAACUUAGGCGUUGUUAUACAAUUUAACGCUUUCGGCGCUGGGAGCUGCUGCUGCGAUCAGCUGCUAUGUUGUAGUUUUGUAUGCUCUCCUCCUGUGAGAAAAUGACUGGAUCGGCCAAAGUUAAAUGUGGAUUUUUGGUUUCUGCCGGAGAGCCGCUUUCAAGGACUUGGCGUUUCUUUGGUGGACUGGAGGAAGUGGUGGGUAGCUGGUCCGGGGUAGGAUUUUCCAUAAGAGUGUUCAGACAAGGUGAGCGCGGAUGGGACUUAUAAGACUUCCGAAAGGGCCUGGCUGGGAAAGGGUGUGAGAAUGGACAACCUUUCUGACUUUGGUGUCCCUUGCUCAUCCGCCCACAGGGAUUGGGACACCAACAGCUGCGUGGACGAUUUAAUGGAUGACGACGAGAAAGACAGGGCAAAAAGGGCAUCCCGUAACAAAUCGGAAAAGAAAAGAAGAGACCAAUUCAAUGUGCUCAUCAAGGAGCUAUGCACUAUGCUGCAGGGCCAAGGCCAUCCACGCAAGAUGGACAAGUCCACCAUACUGCAGAGAACUAUUGAUUUCUUGCAGAAACAGAAAGACAUCACUGCACAGAAUGAAACCUGUGAUGUGAGGCAGGACUGGAAGCCUUCGUUCCUCAGUAAUGAGGAGUUCACUCAGCUAAUGCUGGAGGCCCUAGAUGGUUUCUUGGUAGCAUUAACUACAGAUGGAAACAUCAUAUACGUAUCUGACAGUGUGUCUUCACUUACUGGCCAUUUACCGUCAGAUAUGGUGGACCAAAAUAUCUUGAAUUUCCUCCCGGAGCGGGAACAUGGGGAGGUGUAUAAGCUGCUAUCAUCCCACAUGCUGAUGACUGACCCCAUUGCUGCUGACUUCCUUGACAGUGAGGCACAUAUUGAAUUUUGCUGUCAUCUAGCCAGAGGUAACAUUGACCCCAAAGAACCACCUGUGUACGAGUAUGUCAAGUUUGUUGGAGAUUUCAAGUUUCAUAACAAUGUGCCUAGAUCUUGUAACGGUCUUGAGUUGACGCUACCAAGAAGCCUACAGUCAGCAUUGGAGGAGCAGGUCUGCCUCAUUGCUACUGUACGAUUAGUCACUCCACAGUUUCUCAAGGAUCUGUGUAAUGUGGAAGAUCCUUGUGAUGAGUUCACUUCCAGACACAGCCUUGAAUGGAAGUUUCUGUUUUUAGAUCACAGAGCUUCACCAAUCAUCGGCUACUUACCCUUUGAGGUUCUUGGAACGUCUGGCUAUGAUUACUAUCAUGUAGAUGACUUAGAGCUUAUAGCUCAGUGUCACAAUCAGUUGAUGCAGUUUGGAAAAGGUAAAUCGUGUUACUAUCGCUUCCUGACCAAAGGGCAGCAGUGGAUUUGGUUGCAGACUCACUACUACAUCACUUACCACCAGUGGAACUCAAAGCCUGAGUUCAUUGUCUGCACUCACACUGUCGUCAGUUAUGCUGAAGUGCGAGCUGAAAGGAGGAGAGCGUUCGGCCUUGAAGAGAUCUCUCCACCUGAGAUAGCUCCCUCUUCUGUGAAGGCUCAGGAGCUGUACUUGGACAUCUGCUCCACACUGGACCCUACACGGGACAAAAACAGUGGUGCACGUUCGGUAUCCUCCCACAGCUCCCGGAAGUCCUCCCACACAGCGCUGUCAGACUCUGCAUCUAACUCCUACACAGAGGCCUGCACACCAUCGUGGCAGUCGGCUUCCAUCGGGACGGAGAAGACUUCUGCCAGACUCCAGCUUAGUAGUUCAAAGAAUUUGGCACAAAGACAAAAUUCCUUUGACCUCGCCCCCCAAAUGAGCCUCCCCCUUUCUCCUACCUGCAGCAAGCACUCCGCCAUGCAACAGCAAACACAGCAGCAGCCUCAUCCGCAGUCGCCCAUGUACCCGCUGCAGCAGCCUCAGCUCGGAGUGAUGAACCAGCUGAAGGAGCAGCUGGAGGAGAGGACCCGAAUUCUGCAGGCUGACAUUAAGACACAGCAGCAGGAGUUGCAUGCCAUUAAGGAAAAGCUUCAAUUGGCUAACCUCCAGAUGCUGUUACAGCAGCCUGUCCACGAUGACUUUGGCCCGGCCCAGCAGCCGCCUCAGCAGCAGGGCCUGGGCAGGCCGGCCCAGCAGAGCCCAUUAGGGGUGAUCAGGCAGCACUCAGGCCACCCAAAACCACCAGCCUGCAGGGUCCUCAGCUCGUCCCCUCACUCACUCCUGAGAGAGAACAGCUCACCCUCGACACAGGUCCAGCAGAGAGCUGCGCGAGGGGGGCAAGUGCAGGCAGUGAGUCUGCCCGUGCAGACCAACACGGGGCUGGCGAUGCCCUUCUACAGCAACCCCAUGAUGUUCUCGCAGACUAACACGCGGCCUCUGCAGGACGCAAACCAAAGACUCACAGAAAACGAUUUCAACCAAGAUGGACAACUACGCAUGCUUCUCAACCAACCAAUGCAGACACUGGUUCCCAGUAGCAGUGUCACCUCACAGCCUUCCCAGUGCAACAUGGGCAUCUCCCAAACCAUAUACACCUUGGAGCAGCAGAUCAUCGCCCCGUCGUUCUCCAUGCAACAGGUCAACUGCAACGCCGUCCUUGUUCCCUCCCCGGUCUUCACGUCACCCAUCAUGUUCCCACACAACAGUUUCAUCCCACCCCAGCCUCAGUCAACCUACAACACUCAGCCUCAGGCCGCCCAGCACUCCCUUCAGCUACAGCAGCCCCAGCAGUUCUUUCAGAUGACUCAAGGACUUGUACAUGGUGGUUCUACUCCAGCAUUCUUACACGCCACUAACGUUCCACAGCAAAGCACUGUGGGAUACAUCCAGCAGCAGCCGCAAGCUCAGCAGCAACAGCAGCAAAGGCAGUACCAACAUUCCCAAAACCAGACAGGCAGCGUUUCAGACUUCCGAAAUAUGCUGACCCGGUAGCGCUGUGUACUAUGUCAUUGCGCUGAGGUCUCCCUCUGUGCCGUCGCCAUGUUGGCAACAGCACGCUGUGGCGUUUGAAGUCAAACUUGACGUCAUGUUCUGCAGGAGAAAUGCUGGAAAGUGGAAGAUGCUGGUAGUGACCCUUUUGAUGUGAAGCUGCCUGUUCAGAGGAAGGAAAUGGAGCUAUAAAAAACCCAAGCAGAAGCUGCACUGACCUGACGUCAGCCCCGGCCGUCAGCCUGAGGGGCUGAGCUCACUUCACGCUCAGUCGUCAGUCAGUGACGCUGCUGGAACAAGUGGAUUAUCAAAGCUCUCAAGAAGACACCAUUUUCACAUGUUUACAUGUGGACGUUUUCAUCUAACACAAGAGAGUUUCCUUCUUAGUGUCUGUUUGCACUUUGUACCACCACCCCCCUGAAGUAGAAUAUGUAUUUUUGCCCAUGAAUUAAUUUUCUAUUUUUCUCUCUAAUAAUGGCUUAUCAGUGAGAUUAGUUUUCACACCUAAAGCUUGACACCCCCUCCCCAGCAACCUAAUAUACCCCCCUGAGUCAAAUCUUUAGCUCCAAUGAAAAUGCUUCAUCUCAUGAGGAAAUUACAUUUUGUCCCACCAAGCAAAGAUUUAUUUGCAGGAAUGUUUGUGGCAAGUUGCUUGAGAGGAGCUUUACAGCUUUAUGAUUGUGGCACAUGCAGUAAUGAGAUGACGAUCAUAUCUAACAUAAGGUGUAAUCAGGUGUAACAUGCUACACUGGGAAACUGGGGGGAGGGGAGAUCCUCUUAUAACUAGAAAGGUCUAUCUAGAUUUUUAAAGCCUCAACCUGGAGUGUUACGACUAUCACACCACUUCUCACAGAGAAUAACAGCAAAGCUCGGAAGUCUUGGUGCUAAUGAUGAGCUCUGCAGCACGAGACUGCAGGUGAAAAACAAGCUAAGGGGGGGGGGAAUAAUGUGUGCCUUUAACCGUGGCACGUCCGUGGUGCAGUUUGAUAGUUUUGUCUGAUUAAGGCUUUAAAAAUCCAGCUCAGGUCCGUUUGGAAUACAAAGUUAUAUUUUCAUAGGUCAUAAUUUAUUAUUUUCCGCAUCAGAUUAAAACAAAGGACAUCUAGAUUUGUAUCGGAUAUAUUCCAAAUAUAUAUUGGCUGCUUUUUGCAACAGUGAACAUCUGUAUUUCCCAAAUCUUUCUUUAAAGAUGGUAUCUAAUAAGAUUAAUUUAACUAUUUACUGAAACCCUAAUGAAUAGAGUUCAUGUUUUAUUUAUUACAUAUAUAUUUGAAAACAAUAUAUCAGAUGAGAAACUAGUUUUAUAUAGAUUUUAUGUUCACACAGACAUUAAAAGGUCAACGCUGGUCUUAAUGUCUCACCCCAUCAUGUUCUUAGGAGAAGAGUGCACCACCUCUGAUCUGUGGGUUUUUCCAAGAUGCAGCAAACUGCUGCAACAAGCAUCUCAGACACAGUGAGAAGAGAUUUUCUGCCGGCUGUGAUAUCUCUGAACUGUUGCCCUGUUUGUUUAAGUCUGGUCAUUUGAUCGCAUCAGUUCAAACAUAUGAAAUCAUGACAUUUUGUUGAGAAGCUGGGCUCAUUGACAAGUGAAUAACGCACUGCUUCCUGCUAUGAUUGUGAUCUCAUUGGGAAAAAAGAGCAGAUAAUUCAUUUACCUUGGAAACAAGGCCACUGUCAAUGUGCUUCUUUGUGAAAUAUUAUACAACAAAAACACUAAAUUUGUCUUUAUGUUGAAGUAUUGAGCAUCGGUCUUUCAUAUGUCGGAGGGUGAGUUGCGGAGUCUGUUCUGUCUGUACGUCAAGACCUCGUUCUUUACACACUGUGCUGUGAGAGACAAUCUCCUGAGAUGUUAGUAUUUGAGAGAGGAAGAAACAUAAAGGUUGAUGCGCUGACAUGACAGUUGUAAAAGAAGGAGGUCAGGAGGGGUUCGGUGGAGCCAGAUUUGCAGUUGAACGAUGUUGAGGAAGAAAACGUACGUGCCUCUCUUUCUGUAAUGACAAUCACACACUACUUUCAAGAUUUUACUGUGCAGGACCUGUCUGUGUCAGAGUCUGACCUUUUGAUUAUUUAUAUCCUUCUUCUACCUUUAAAUUUGUGUUACAUUUUAGUUUCCUACAGGUGCAUAUUGCAUUCACUUGAAAAAAAAAUCCUGCUCUUUUUUUUUUUUUUUUUUUACAAGAUCAUUUUCUGUUGCCAUGACAAAAAUCAAUCUGCUCUGUUUUUAGGAAAUUAACGAAAGCUGAUUUGUUUUUCUUGUGAAAACUGGGACGGACUGUUUUCUCUUGAAAACUCAAAUUAGUAAAAAAGCAAAAACUAAUUCUCAUGAAAGUAGAAAAUUUGUUUCAGCAGACACACUUGAUUCAAAUUGGCCCCAUUCAAGACCGACGCUGUUCACAUUGGACGAUAAGACUCAAAUGUCAUAAUACUCUGUGUGUAUGUUUAGUGCAGUUUCACACUUCCCAUCUGCAAUGUCAUUUUGGAAAGAAAAAGAAUGUUAAUUUAUACUGUUUUAAAUGUUUCAGAACAGAUGUACGAUGUAUAUAGAAGUGUAUAAUAAGCCAUUGUACCAUGUAAAUUAUAUGGAAAUAUUUUUUUAAUGAAAUUGAAACAUUCCUUCAGCAGUCGAUAUAAGCGGUAUCUUUAUGUAAAAAGGUACAGCGCGUGUCCACUGAAGGCUACGAUCACAAUGAUUACACAGGACUUGGUCUGCAUGGGAUUGUGGUGCAGCGUUAGCUUCAGAAACAUCAUGGCAAAUGAAAACCAAUGAAGAGAAAAAAAGAAAUAAAAUUCAGAAUCUUAAUCUUUACGUCCUCAUCAAGCAGAAUUUCCGACAUUUUUAGAGCAGCAACAGCUGUGUGGUGAUCAAAAACAGCUGCGUCUUUAAAAAGGGUAAUUCAGCCAUGAGCGACUGAAGUCGUUUGUGCUCUCAGUUAAAUUGGUUUCAGUCUUUUUUAAGAUAAAGUGCAAUUGUAAACAGUCAUGAAAAUAUAUUUUAGAUGGGAAGCGUCAGUCUCUCUUCAUAAGUCUCCAAACUUUCUCAUGUUUGAAUAUAGAAACAAUAAAGUGACUACCCGUAGCCAGCGACUAAGAGGUGCCAUAGACGACUAUAAUUCUGUUUUCAUUCAUUUUUUCAAGAUAUUUAUCAACCUUUCGGGAAGUGCAAGAAAAGAUUUCUCCUUGAGGUAGUUUUCCAUAGUCACACACCAGAUCCAAUUUUCAGUCCAUUUCUGUAUAACUAUAUAUUUGUUGUUUUGCCUUGCUAAGGUGGGCUACUUCAGUUCUACUCAUUAAACAUAGUGCAUUGUGCUCCA